AUGUCGGAAUUAAAUCUACGCCAAUUCCAUGCGGCCGCUAUUUUGCGGAUGUAUGACCAGACGAAAGAGGCGAAGGCUGGUGACCUCAAUGUCACUCAAAUUGAUCAGCGUAUAAAAUCUGCUGCCGUCCAUUUUGAUCGGAUGCUCACAAAUCAUGAGGCUUUGGUUGCCGCAGCCAAGGAGGAGGACUUGGAGGUACAUUCAGGAUGGUGGGACUCCACCGAAGCUGCCUACAUGGAUUUGUGCGCAACGCUGAAUCAACGACGAAAGGAGUUGGAGGGUGAAUCUCUGCCUGCCAACAAUUCGCACAAAGUUUCGCCAAUGGAAUUAAAAUUAGAGCCGCUUUGUAUACCAUCGUUUGAUGGAUCCGCGUAUAAGUGGCUUGCAUUUAAGGAUGCCUUUGAGACAUUGGUUCAUCAGCGGGAUUUGCCGGUGGCAUACAAGUUGGGGAAAUUGCGUCAGGAAGUUAAGGCAGAGUCGGUUCCGUUGGUAGGAGGUUUGUAUUCGGGUGGCUAUGAAGAAGUGUGGACGGCGCUAAAAAAUCGAUAUGACAACCCUAAGCAAUUAGCGGAGAUCCACGUUGCUAGAUUUCUGAACAUGAAGUCACAGACUGAGGAUACGUCCAGGGCGUUACUGGGGGUCGUUGAUGUGGUAAACGAGUCCUUGCGAGCGUUAGCGGUAAUGAAGUUACCUGUCGACAAAUGGGAUGCCCUUACCUUCCCCAUUGUGGUUUCUAAACUCUCUACUCGCACACGGCGAGAAUGGUGCAUGAAUUGCUCCCCUACCGAGCUAUCCACUUUAAAUGAGUUGCUAGCAUUUUUAGAAAAACGAGCGCACAGUCUUUCGACAGAAUUUUGCCAGGUAGCGGAUCAUCGUGAAGUGCUGCAUUCUUCGUCAAAGCAGAAAAACACACUCCGUCUUCUAAAGUCUAACCUCGCCACAACUGAUGAUGGCAACUGUCAACACUGUAGAGGAUCACACAAGGUUAUGCGUUGUCCGGUGAUUCUAGCUUUGAAACCAGAGCAACGUUUUGAAGCUUUAAAGCGAUCGAACCUAUGCUUUAACUGUUUGCGGUCCGGGCAUUCAUCCAAGCUUUGUUCCUCUGGUAACUGUCGCCAGUGCGGCCACAGACAUCAUACUAUUUUUUGCCGCCACAAAUCACAACAACCUAUUUCAAGCAACGAGGUAGAUUCUUCUGUGGCUAAGCCAGACAUAAUAUCCAAUCCACCAUCAUUAUGA